AUGGGAUGUACCUGUGAAAAAUUAAAACUCAAGACGAAUUAUAAUAAAUUUGGUAAUCAAAGGAAUAAAACGAGUCCUCCGCCACCUAUAGAUGAUCAGGUUGCUAAAAUCAAACACACAUGGCAAAUGUUAAAAGUACACAUAGCCAAUGUGGGAAUUAUAACAUAUGUUAGCAUGUUUGAGAACCGCCCGGAGCUUAUAGAGAUAUUUGCAAACUUCCGGGGCAGAGAUAUUGGGGAUCUACAAAGGAGCGGCCUUAUCCGCCAACACGCACUAAUGGUGAUGGGAACUAUCGACAAGUGCAUUUCUAGGAUAGAUGAACCGGAGAACCUAGCCAAACUUCUCAUUGAAACUGGGGCCUUGCAUAGGAAAUAUAAUGUUCCUCCGGAUGUUAUACAAAUAAUAUUUCCUCACUUCCUAAAUGCUAUUAAACCACACAUAGAGGAUUACUGGACAGAAGACAUCGCUACUGCUUGGAAAACCCUCUUCCGUAUUAUGACGCAUUACAUGAAAAUUGGGAUGAACAGCGACUCCAAUGACGUCAAUACUGUUCUCAGUCGUGACGUGAUGCACGUAUUGCAUACGAAACGCCCCAAUCGCGACCCCGAGCGCAUAAUAUUCCACCAAGAUAACACUCCAGGACACAGAGCUAACUCAACCGUCCUUGAAAUCAACUUGCUUGUUUUUGAAAUUCUCUUGCCCCCAUUUCGGAGUUUUCCAGGCAGCGCUACGAGGCGUGCAGCUUGA